AAAAAACAACACAGCGGAGUUUUGUGUAUGUGUGUCGAGUUUGGGCAGAGACCGUCUAGACACCCUUCACCCCCCCUCUGGGCAGGGAGCACCGUCUGCAGGCGAGACUUCCCGGUGAAAGAACCUUAUUUCACCUAAAAUGAAGCUCACGUGUUCCUGAGGACGGAAUGGUGUCGUUGGCAGACUGGACGGGACCUCGGAGUCAGACAGAGCCAGCUGAAAACUCUCCGCUGACCCUUCAUGUUGUAGGCCAUGGCACUUUAUCCAUGGAGGACAGAAAGCCCUUGUAAGAGUCCAGUGUAGCGCCCCCUGCCUCUGUAGUUCAGCCUGGUCCAGUUCGGUUCUGCGCGUUGAAGCCGAGAUCGAGAUUUUAAACCAGAGGAACCACAAUGAAGGACGUCCGGCUGCGCCCCGUGACCCCGAGCUCUCUCUGCUGGACUGGUUAAAGCUGCCUUGCAGAAGCGUUCCUGCAGCAGCAGUAUGCAGACAGAUGAUUAUCCAGCCACAAACACUUUCACAGAGUGCAGGUUUCAGUGCAGUAAUGGUAAGUGUCUGCACCUGGUGUCUCUGAUCUGUAACCAGCUGAAUGACUGUGGAGAUCUGAGUGAUGAGCAGAGCUGCUCUACAGUCAGCCUUCAGCCAGCACUGAACCAGCCAGCUUUACACACUGAACUGGAGUUUGUUCAGAUAAUAAUCAUAAUUGUGGUGAUGACCGUGAUGGUAGUAGUGAUCAUCUGUUUGCUGAACCACUACAGGCUCUCCGCCUGGGCCUUCUUCAACCGCCACAGCCACGCCCACCGCCGGGACGCCGCCAUGCAACCGGACGGUUGCGCGUGGCCCACAGACAGUCUGGUGACACAACAAGGAGCCACUGAGGUGAUGUACGGGCCGCGGAGUGGGGAGCGCUUCAACCCGCCCUCCUUUAUGCAAAGGGACAGAUUCUGCCGCUUCCAGCCCACUUACCCGUACCUGCAGCAGGACAUCGACUUACCGCCCACCAUCUGCCUGUCGGACGGCGAGGAGCUGCCCCCCUAUAAGGGCCCCUGCACCCUGCAGCUGAGAGACCCCGAGCAGCAGCUGGAGCUGAGCCGCGCCUCCGUACGGGCGCCGCCCAACCGGACCAUCUUCGAUAGCGAUCUGAUAGACGUUUACGUGCAUGGGGGCGGACCCAGGCCUCCGAGCAGCAACUCUGGCAAGAGUGCUUCGAACUCGCGCAUGGAAGGGCCACCGCCCACCUACAGUGAGGUGAUUGGCCAGUCCUACCCAGGCUCCGCCUCUUUCCUGCACCAGCACAGCAAUAACGCACCGCCGUCCAAUCAGAGGACAGCGAGCCGCUCCACCCAGCCCAGCGCAAGCACAACCACGACCGCGUCCACCAAGGUGGCGAAGGACAGCCGACGAGACAAACCAGUGUGACUUAAAGACAGGCACAGAGGGGGCGAGGGAGGGGGCGGGGCUGUUCGACCCCGCCUCCACGUUGCGAGUGGGCAUGGCUUCCCUCUGAGCGUUCCCUUGCACAAUUUGAAAAUUCAGAAAAAAAUCGAGGAACCAAGCUUAAGAAAAUAUCUCUUUUGUAUACGUUUUAGUUUCUUUUGUUUGUUUUUUGCUAGAACUCGUGGGCCUCGUGCGGAUGUGGAUGUUUGGGCUUCUUGGCUACUUUUCUGUCUGUCUGUCUGUUUUUGUAAUGCUCUUACCUUUAUUUAUAGUAACCGAGCGUCAUCGCGGAUCGAUCGAGUGUGGUUUGCUUGAGCGACUGUGCAGAUUUAUAGGAUUUUUUUGUUUUUGUUUUUUUUUUUCAAAAUUUACGUUUUCUCAAGAUCUGUGCACAAAAAAACCUUUUCAUAACAAAUCGAGAUCCAAAAUUUGAGUGCCAUGAUUCAUGCAAUUACUUAAAUCUGCGUGAGAUGACUCAACAGCAGAGAAAAAAUCUAAGUUGCACUAACUUAUUGUUUGAAUAGCUGAAAAUAGCUAACCUUUGUUUCUGUUCACCAUGACAUUGAAGUCUUUUAGAAUAUCUCAGCAUCCAUUUCUCUGUUGCGAGCUUUUUUUUCCCCUUUUUUUCCUGUUUUUCUUUCAUUCUUAAAAUGGGGGGAGAUGUAGACUCUGAUCCAGCCUAAGAAAACUCCACUACUAAACUACGAGAUGGCACUUAAAAAAAGGGUUAAAGCAAACUGUUCCGGUUCCGUUUUUGUUUUCAGUGCGGACGGAAGUCGUUUCAUGUGCACCUCUUUCAUCCUGUCAAAAAAAUAGCACUUUAAACUUUGCUCAUUUCAGCAUUUUCAUGGGGUCCAAAUGCAAUGGGUCAUGGGAAAUGUAGUCUUAUGCACAUCCACCACAUCCUGUAAUUUCUGAGUGUAAAACUGCAGUUUAGUGGGGUUUUUUGUUGAUAUUUUUAAUUCCCCUUUGUUGUUCUUCAUCUAGGUGACCUCAUACGUGGUCUUCAAUGUCAGUGACAUAGCCAAAGGUUCUGUGUAGGUGUCCGUUUUUAUUUGCAGUUUAGCUCCGAGUGCAUGUCAUGGCGUACGAGUUUUUGGAUGCCCUUUUACACGAGAGGAGCAAAGAGCCUCUUUUAUGCUCUUAGUAAGUCUAUCUUACCGUAACGCACUCGUCCGCACUUGGCACUCAUCGCGAAUGCUUUCAGACACACUGAUUGUUUUUUGAGACGUGCUUUCAGAACUGCCGGUCCGUGGCCAACCUUUAAGAAAGGCCAGUAUAAAACAUGAUUUAUUUGAUGCGAGGGGCCUGAUGUGGAGCUUUGCAUUGUAUAGAAGGCAGAAACAUUUAUUUGCAUGGAUUUAUUUACACACUGCCUGUCAAAACGUUGGGGACUUUAGCUUUUCAGCAAAUUACUUUUCGGUAACACUUUACUGUAGGGUGCUGUUCAUAAGGCUACAUGACACCUACGUAAGGUUGUGCUUCCAAC